ACGCCAGGGCUAAAGGAGCCCAGCAUCUGGUAACCUGGGGCAGCUAAGCUGGGAUUGCAGUGACAACGGCAAUGGAAGGGUGCUGAUGCAGCCGACGGACGGAUGGAGAAUCUUCCUGAGAAAGCCCAAGUUGCCUGCCAGGAGCUGCUCCAUCUCCACGCGGCUCCAUCCCUAAAAAAGGUCUUCCACUUCAGCAAGAUGAUACUGCCCAAAAAAAAGCCACUGCUAUUGUUCCUGGUUUCCCAGAUAGCCAUCUUCACUCUCUUCAUCCAUUUGUACAGCCACGACUUCAAUUCCCCAUCUAGCAAGGAGCGGCUCAAGACCACACACGUGCUGGUUCUGUCUUCCUGGCGCUCUGGCUCUUCUUUAGUGGGACAGCUUUUUGGGCAGCACCCAGAUGUCUUCUACCUGAUGGAGCCUGCCUGGCACAUCUGGAUGACCUUCACACAAAGCACUCCCUGGAGGCUGCAUAUGGCAGUGCGGGAUCUGAUACGCGCCAUCUUUCUGUGUGACAUGAGUGUCUUUGAUGCCUACAUGGAACCUGGUCCCCGAACACAGUCCAGCCUCUUCCAGUGGGAAACCAGCCGGGCCCUGUGUUCCCCCCCUGCCUGUGACAUCUUCCCACGGGAUGUGAUCAUACCCCAGGCUCACUGCAAGAUCCUGUGCAGUAAGCAGCCCUUUGGCGUGGUAGAGAAGGCCUGCCGCUCCUACAGCCACGUGGUGCUCAAGGAGGUGCGCUUCUUCAACCUGCAGGUCCUCUACCCACUGCUGAGGGACCCUUCCCUCAAUCUGCACAUUGUGCAUCUGGUCCGGGACCCCCGGGCAGUGUUCCAUUCCCGAGAACACACCAGGGAGCAUCUCAUGAUUGAUAACCAAAUUGUGAUGAGGCAGGAGCAGCAGAAGCUCAAGGAGGAUGACCAAUCCUACUAUGUGUUGCAGGCCAUCUGCCAAAGCCAGCUGGAGAUCUACAAUGCUGCGCAGACCUUGCCCAAAGCUCUCAGGCGGCACUACCUGCUCAUGCGCUAUGAGGACCUGGUCCGGGACCCCCUGGCCCAGACUGCUCGAAUGUAUGAAUAUGCAGGAUUGAAAUUCUUGCCUCACCUCAGGACCUGGGUGCAUAACAUCACUCGAGGCAAGGGCAUAGGUACUCAUGCCUUCCUUACAGAUUCCAGGGAUGCCCUCAAAAUCUCUGAGGCCUGGCGCUUGUCCUUGCCUUACGGGAAGGUUUCUCAGCUUCAGAAAGUCUGCGGUGAUAUCAUGAAGGUGUUGGGCUACCACCUCGUCAAAUCUGAGCAAGAGCAGAGAAAUCUGUCACUGGAUCUUCUGUCUACCUGGACCCCUCUGGGCAAUUCUAUCAAGAGGAUUGAGGAGGCUCUGUUCCCACUAGGCACCAGCCUCAGCCACAUUAACUGAAGGUUGCUUCUAAACCUUAAUUACCAAUAUUUUGCUGUGUAUAAUCUGCACCUGCAUUUGUGUGUGCAUUAUACAUGGGAUUAUUAUACCCAUGGCAUGUAAUCAAUAUACUCCUGUAAAAUGUGCAUACUUAUUUUUCCCUCAAAAAUUUGGGCAAAAAUAGUGCACAUCAUACACAGCAAAAUAUGAUUUAUCUCUGCCAGUA